UUAGGGACCCUGCAAGAGUUUCUCUCUUGAUAUCCUUCCUUCUUUGCGCAUUUUGACGUAACCGGUGCGUUUCGUUUGACUUUGACAUUUUAUGAGAUACGGUGUGUUUAGAUUAGGUUAAGUUGGUUUGAAUUUUCACGUGUAGAAAAUAAGCAAAUAAUGGAUACAAAGUAUAAUAUUGGCAACAAUAACGCUCAGAUGAAUGGUAUGAACAAUAAAAACAAAUUCCAAAUAAGAGAUAAACCUACACCGAUAUUAUUCGGCAAUAAAAAUGGCCUGCCACCGAGUCCAAAACGGAUGAAGCUGAACGGUAAAGAAAACAAGGCUACUAUCCCAAAUAAUAAACCAAAAUUGAGCAUUCAAGAGCAGAGGAAAAAACUGCCAAUCUUCGAUAAAAGGAACAAGCUGAUAGAACUUGUACAGAAACAUAAAACUUUGAUUAUUUUGGGAGAAACUGGAAGUGGGAAAACAACACAGAUUCCUCAAUUUAUCUACUCAGCUCAAAUACAUGAGAAUGGAAAAAUAGGCGUAACCCAGCCAAGAAGGGUAGCUGCGAUCAGUAUAGCGACAAGAGUUGCUGCAGAAAUUGGGCAAGGGACACAAGUGGGGGAACUUGUUGGAUAUAGUGUGCGCUUCCAAGAUGAAACUUCAAAGAAAACAAAAAUUAAGUUUAUGACGGAUGGUAUGCUCCUCAGAGAAGCUAUAUUUGAUAGACAGCUUAUGGAAUACAAUGUUAUAAUAUUAGAUGAAGCUCACGAGAGAACUAUACAUACUGACGUUCUUUUUGGUAUUGUAAAGAAAGCUCAAAAACUUAGGGAAAACAGGGACUUACCUCCACUCAAGAUUAUAAUAAUGUCUGCAACAAUGGAUGUAGACCACUUUUCACAGUAUUUUAAUAAUUGCCAAGCUGUAUAUAUAGAAGGUAGAACAUACCCAGUCUCUCUUCACUAUACUGUGAAACCUCAUGAUGAUUAUGAAGCUGCCUGUGUUGCUACUUUUUUCAAGAUUCACAAAGAUGCUCCCCCAGAUCAUGAUGUUUUAAUUUUCCUGACUGGCCAAGAAGAAAUCGAGACGUGUGCCAACAGAAUUCGAACAUUAUCCAAGCAACCAGACGUGAUAGGACCUCCGUUGAAGAUAUACACAUUGUACGCGGCUCAGUCGCACUCUCAACAAAUGUCCAUAUUCCAACCAUCUCCUGCUAAUACCAGGAAGGUCAUUAUCAGUACGAAUAUCGCUGAAACCAGUGUUACAAUCAGCGGAAUCAAAUAUGUGAUAGAUAGCGGAAUGGAUAUUUUACAAAUGUGUAAUUUUCGUUGUAGAACAUUCCAUCCAACGACGGGUCUAGAAACGUUGAAAGUACAAAGAAUAUCCCAAGAGCAGGCUUGGCAAAGAACUGGAAGAGCUGGUAGAGACUCAGAAGGACAUUGUUACCGAUUAUAUACUAGAUCUCAGUUUGAAUUGAUGCGAAAAGCUACAAUUCCGGAGAUACAGAGGGCGAAUUUAUGUACUGUAUCACUUCAGUUACUGUCUUUGGGAUUCCAUUCGAUGCAUUUCAAUUUCAUGGAUAAACCUCCGAAAGAAUCGAUAACAGCCGCAUCCGAACACCUAGUGCUUCUAGGUGCCGUCGAAAAUAUCGCAUCGGUUGUCCUGACGCCGAUUGGAAAAAAGAUGAACAAGUUUCCUAUUGAUCCUCAUUUCUCCAAGAUCAUCCUGUCCGCUUCAGAGUUCGGGUGCCUCGAAGAAGCGCUAAUAGUCGUCGCACUGAUGAGUGCCGAGUCGAUACUGAUUACCCCACAAAGCAAACGGGAACAGGCGCAGCAAGUAAGGCAGAAGUUUCACUCAGCGUAUGGGGAUCUAGUGACGCUCUUGAAUAUAGUUAGAGAGUUUAACAGUGUAGCACAGAACAAUAGAAAAGCCUGGUGUCAUGAACAUUUUAUUAACAUGAAGAACAUACUGCAUGUGAAAGAGAUAAAGGAUCAGCUUGAAGAGAUAUGUUGCAAAUGUGGUCUAAGCAUAAACUCGUGUGGUGGUCAGCUGGACCAGUUACGUAAAUGCUUAAUAACCGGAUUAUUUACAAAUGUUGCUGAAUUGUAUAGGGAUAAACAAUACAUUACUCUAGAUAAACGAAACACGGUUCAAAUUCAUCCUAGCUCAGUUCUACAUGGACAGCUGCCGCAUUUAGUUAUAUUCACAGAAGUCGUUCAGACGAAUAAGUGCUAUAUCAGAGGACUGACGACUAUUGAGAGUAAAUGGAUACAGGACAUCGUGCCCGAAUAUGUGAAAAGCAAGAAUAUUAAAAUUAGUUGAUAUCUCAAACCUAUUUGAAAUGGUGCAUUUGCAACUGGGUAUUGUUUUAGGUUUUAUGAUUUGUUACUAGUGUCACCUGAAAAGGAAUCCUUCUGACAUAUUACAGGUAUUUCUGUGAUUGUAAGAUUAUAUAAAAAUAUGUUAGUAAUUCACUUUUCAAAAAGAUGAUAAACAUGCAUAAUUUAGAGCAUUUUUAGAUAUAUGGACUGUUCUUUUUGAUAAUAAACUGUGAUCUUUAAAACACUGUAUUAGUCCUCACAUGUCGUUUACAGCCUAAUAUCUUCCUUAUUAGCCCUGAGUAAAAACAUGACCCCCAAAAAGUAUUUAUUCUGUGGUUACAAGGUGAAGACGCCGAUAAAAGUCGUAGUAUGUUGAUUCACGGAAAAUGGUACAAGUUGAACUGAACUCAAGUUUUCUCAAAAAUUAACUUGUUGUCAAUAUUAUCUUCUCACUACCUCGAGUGUCCCUUUUAACGUUAUUAUUUUUGAACUGCCAGUGUGUGGUGCGAGAUCAGAGUGGUAAAAAUAAUAUACACUGAAAACAGAAUUUGUCUGACGCGGCUUGAGUUCAAUGUGUACGACAUCGUUUCUGAACCUGUGGGGCGCGCCCCCCUAGGGGCGUAAAAAAUAAUAAUUACUAGUGACUCCCUUGGAUCUGCCUUGCCUACCAAAGCUUGUCGGAACAAGGUUCAAUAUUUGAAAUAGACACGCUGAGUUAUUUUUGUAUAUUUAGCUGCGAUCUAUAUUUGGUCUUCAAAGCAGCCACUGCCGAAAAUCCUGUUUCGCCAAGGUAGGAUGUUGAGAAUGGUAGUAGUAUACGAAACGCUCUUGUUUUCAGUGCCGAAAACUCAUCGUUCACGCCUGCCCAAAAUUCAAAGAGGGAUUUAUUAUUACUGUUUUUUGAUUUCGGCGUUUGCAAAGUCUAUGAAGAUUUCUUCUUCGGCAGUUGAGAGCCCUUCGGGAGUAGAGUUACUCGUAACUAAGUUUUAAUUUGUCGUCGACAAGAAAAUAUUUUUUUAAAAUUCUUUGUCAGCAUCGCUAAAUGAUUUUCAAUGGUUCUGAAAACAAGUUUCAUGUGUUGUUCUUCAACCUUGUAAGUUUUAAUACAUUCAUCCACAUUUUCAAACUCUCCCAGAUUUUUUUGCUUUGAAUUUAUGCUCCACAAUUCCAAUUUUCUACAAAAAGCGUUAACUUUAUCACUCGUAUCCAAUAUAUUAUGUGUAUUUGCUCCUUGGAGCUGAAGGUGAAAAUAAUUUUUGAAAAUUGAGUCGCGAAUCGUGAAAGGUUGAGAAACGCUGCUCUAAUGCACAAAUAAUAGUUUUAGUUUGAGCUUUAACAUUUUUCAAUUGUGUCGAAUCUGUUUAGGAUCGAUUCCGGAUCGGUCCUAACGGCGCUUGAUUUUAGGUCGAAACGAAAGGUCAGUUUCGCCACAAAUUCUGCAACAUUGCAUCAUUGGUUCGUUUGAAAACACCGCAUUUCUUACAUUGCACGGCAAGAUUUCCACCUCCAUGAUCACAGAUGCGCGAUUUUGGUCAGUACCCAUUAGGGAGACACUUCUCUCUUGUACACAUUGAACUCGAGCCAUUUAGUUUUCCCUGUAUACCUUAUCUGCAAAUGAUGUGUCGCUAAUGAUAUACCAGAAAGAUUGAAUAAAUGGUAGGGGUAGGCGGUCUCUGACUGUCGUACGCGGAGGUACCACCCGGCGGAUUUCUUAGGUGGGGCCAGAAUGUAUAUGUUUCUCCUGAAUCCCCCUAUAGCCCCACGGUACCCCAUGGGUGUUUAGGCCUUUGUGGUAGCUGGAGUAUAUAAAAAAAAAUGUAUCACGUAAAAAAGCACAGAUCCUGUAUUUAAUUUUCACAGUAAUAUGUAAUGGAAGAUUGUCAUAUUUAUAGCCAUACAUUUUAAAACGUGAAGGACUAAUACAGCACAUUCAGUUAAUUGACAUUUUUUUGACACUAUGUAAGCAAUGUUGAUGAGCAUUUUAUUUAUUUGAUAUUUGUUGUCAUUGGACCUCAGUAGUGUAAGAUUGAAUUAUAUUUUCACUCAACAUGUCUUUUUACUCAUUAUACCAUUGUACAAAUUAAUAUACUACCUUGUAAGUGACUAAAAACAAAUUGUUGUCAGAGUUGAAUAACACUACAGAAUAAAGAACAAGUUUUAAUUGGAUCAAGUUGUCAUAAUAAGAAAAAGUUGCUUACUCUAUCCCUAAAGCUAAAAUAUAUAUACAAAAUGUACAAACGAUUCCUAAAUAUUUAUUCAAGUAAGUGUACCAUAAAAAUUAUGUUGAAAUAUCCAAAUAAAUAAAACAGAUCCAAU